UCCAACAAGUCAAAACAAGUUCAAAGAAUCUGUUUACUUGGACAGAAUUAUCUGUUUAUUUGUGCGAAAAAUUUUACUUACUUUUAAUAAAAAAAAUAUGUCAUCAUUAUUUAUAUUAUAUAAUUAUGAAAUAUAUAUUUUGUUAAUUUUUUAAGUGCUAUUUUAAAAAGUUUUAUUCACAAAUAUUCAGUGAUUAAAAAUGAGGCGUUCAGCAGCUCCUAGCCAGCUUGGAAAAAAACCUCUUAUUACAGAUUUAGAAAAUCAUAUUCCAAAUGUCAGUAUUAUCAAUAUUAACAAUAACAAACGGCUAAGUGAUGAAGGGUCUUCACAAAAAGAAAAAAGAACGAGAUUAUCAAUUAAACCAAAAACUAUUCAAAUUCCUGAACGGAAGGCUAUUCAGUUAUCUGCUAACGAUGUAUCUGCUACUCAGGAAAGUGUAUCAGAACACGAAGAAAAAAUUCGCAAGUUGCUCAGCAAACCUUUUAAAAUCCCAAUACCUGGUUAUGAGCUUUCUGGUCGGUUUUUAGGAGCAAAAUUUGCUGGUCCUAGAAGACCCUUACAUGAUCCAUUUGGUGCUAAUGCUCUUGUCGUCUAUACUCCUCCAGAGUUAUCUGAACAUGAACGUCUCAAGGCUGAUGAAAGUAAACUGUUAGUUCAUGUAGUAGUAGAUCCACUUCUAUGUAACAUUCUUCGACCACAUCAAAGAGAAGGAGUAAAAUUCAUGUAUGAAUGUGUCACAGGCCAAAGAAUUGAAGAUGCUUAUGGAUGUAUCAUGGCUGAUGAAAUGGGUCUUGGUAAAACUCUCCAAUGUAUAACAUUGCUAUGGACUUUAUUAAAACAAGGACCUGAAGCAAAGCCUUUAAUAGAAAAGGCAGUUAUUGUUGCACCUAGUUCUCUUGUUAAAAAUUGGUAUAAUGAAAUAUUUAAAUGGUUGGGUAACAGAGUAAAACCAUUAGCUAUCGAUGGUGGAAGUAAAAGUGAUAUUGACAUGAAACUCAAUGGAUUUAUGAAAACUUAUGGAAGACGUUGUGUCAAUCCUAUUUUAAUAAUUAGUUAUGAAACAUUUCGUCUCCACUCACAUGUUCUUCAUAGUGAUGAGGUUGGUCUUGUUCUUUGUGAUGAAGGACAUCGAUUAAAGAAUUCUGAGAAUCAAACUUAUCAAGCUUUAAUGGGUUUAAAAGCCAAAAGACGAGUUCUACUCAGUGGAACACCGAUUCAGAAUGAUCUCUUAGAAUAUUUUUCUCUUGUACAUUUUGUAAAUCAAGGUUUAUUAGGUACAGCUCAGGAAUUCAGGAAGAAGUUUGAAAUUCCUAUUUUACGUGGUCAAGAUGCUGCUGCAACUGAUAACGAACGAAAAUUAGCUCAAGAAAGACUUGAAGAACUUGUGACUGUUGUAAAUAAGUGUCUUAUAAGAAGAACAAGUGCUUUAUUAUCAAAAUAUUUGCCUAUUAAAUAUGAGCUUGUUGUGUGUAUCAACAUGACAGAUCUUCAAAAAAGACUUUAUAAAAAUUUCAUUCAGAGUGAAGCAGUUCGAAAAUCUAUGCAAGAUCAUGACAGUGAAAAAAAGAAAAAAGGAGGAACUUUAUCAGCACUUUCGGCAAUAACAUUACUUAAAAAAUUGUGCAAUCAUCCUGAUCUUGUUUAUGAAAAGAUUCAAGAAAAUUCUGAAGGAUUUGAAGGAGCUUCAAAGCUUCUUCCUGCAAAUUAUAGUACAAAGGAAGUGUUACCAGAGUUAUCAGGAAAAUUGAUGGUUUUAGAUUUCCUUUUAGCGUCAAUUAAAUCAACAACGAAUGAUAAAAUAGUUUUGGUAUCGAAUUACACACAAACUUUAGAUCUCUUUGAAAAACUCUGUCGCAAGCGAACAUAUCGUUACGUUCGUCUUGAUGGUACAAUGACGAUCAAAAAACGAUCUAAAGUUGUAGAUAGUUUCAACAAUCCUGAUAGUGGUGAUUUUAUAUUCAUGCUUAGCUCAAAAGCUGGAGGAUGUGGGUUAAAUUUAAUAGGUGCUAAUCGAUUAGUGAUGUUUGAUCCCGAUUGGAAUCCUGCCAAUGAUGAUCAAGCUAUGGCACGAGUUUGGCGUGACGGACAGAAAAAACCUUGUUUUGUGUAUCGGUUCUUAUGUACGGGCACUAUAGAAGAAAAAAUUUUUCAACGACAAGCGCACAAGAAAGCUCUCAGCUCUACUGUUGUUGAUCAAGAAGAUGAUGUUUAUCGACAUUUUACGCUCAGUGAUCUUCGAGAUCUUUUCAAACUUGAAGAAAAUACAACAUCUGAUACUCACUCUAAAUUCAAAUGCAAGCGUUGUGUUAAUGGAGUUGAAGUAAAAGGGCCUCCAGAGAAUUCUGAUUGUAACUCAGAUUUAUCUGAUUGGCGUCAUUCUCACAAUGCACGAAAUCUUCCAGAUAUACCAUUGAGACAAUGUUGGUCCAGUGGUAUUUCUUUUGUGUUCCAUCAUCGCUCUACAGAGCAGGUGAAAGAGAAAGUGGAGAAAAUUAAAGAAUCUCAGGAAGAGACUGACGAAAAAGCUGAUGAAGAAGAAGAAGAUGAUGAUGAUGAUGAUGAUGAUGACUCUUCGUAGUAUAGUCCAUAUUUUCUAUUUAUUGAUAACUUAUAAUUAAGGU